CUCUUCCUUCCCUGUGGCGCCAUCUAAAGGCCCCGCUUAGAGCAACACGAAGAGGCUGCUUCACAUCAUGGUGGUAAAAGCACCAGAAAGGACUCCAGCAAAUUCCACACACUCUCCACAGUUUAGAACAAAUGCUUAAAUGGCGGAGCUUUUCUGUAGCCAAACAGGGCACAGCCUUUGUUACAUCAGCUGUGAAGUUCAAAAACACCAAACCAAGACCUGUAGCUCCACUUGGCUCCCGGAUUCUUACCAAUACUGACGACAUCUUUAAGCACAACAUGUGGGACCAUAUCAAAUGGACUGUUGAGGACAAAGAAAAUGCACGACAGAAAGUUCAAGAAAAUUCCAGUGUGCAAAUUCCUGCACCAGAAAGAGGUAAAUUUGAUGCAGAGGCUUGCCAGUUCUGGGACAAGUUUUAUGAGGUGCACCAGAGUAAGUUUUUCAAAGAUCGCAGGUGGCUGUUUUUAGAGUUCCCGGAACUUCUCCAUCCGUCACACAGAGAAAAUCGUGUCACAAACGUCCAUCAUGAGCACAAAGUGAUCCAGAUUCAAAGUGGAUGCACCGCAGACACAGAGAAAAGACAUUACCAACAUAAUGAUCCUACUGGGGGCUCCUGGAAAAUUAACAACUGGAAUUAUCAGGAAGCACAACAAGAGCUAAAGGAUGUCCCUUCUUUUCUUGGACAUGAUGCAUCUUUCAGGAUCUUGGAGGUUGGAUGUGGAGUUGGAAACAGUGUUUUUCCUAUUCUUAACAACAUCAGAAAUACAGACUCCUUUCUGUACUGUUGUGACUUUUCAGCUCGAGCUAUUCAGAUGGUCCAGGACCAUCAAGAUUACGACAAAUCAAUAUGUCAUGCUUUUGUCCAUGACAUAUGCGAGGAGGGGUCUUCCUUUCCGUUUCCUCCUCAGAGCUUGGAUGUUAUUCUGGCCGUUUUUGUGCUUUCCUCCAUCCAUCCAGAGCGAUUGCAAGGAGUUGUGAAUCGACUGUCAUCAUACCUGAAGCCUGGAGGAAUGUUCCUGUUUCGGGAUUAUGGAAGAUACGACUUCUCCCAACUCAGGUUUAAGAAAGGAAGAUGCUUAUCAGAUCAUUUCUACACCAGAGGAGAUGGAACCUGUGUUUAUUAUUUCACUGAAGAGGAAGUUGGAGAUUUGUUUUCCAAAGCUGGACUGGAAGAAAUUCAGAAUUUGGAGGACAGACGACUUCAAGUGAACAGAAAAAAGAAAGUUGCAAUGCGUCGAGUGUGGAUUCAGAGCAAAUUCAGGAAACCAAGUCUACAUUUCCUACCGGAACACUCCCCUAAUGGGCAAAUAUGACAAUAAAUAUAUAUAAAAUGUUUUCAUAUAAAACUAAAGUAUAAACCGGUUCAGCUGUAAUAAUGAAAUGAUACGUUAUUGUUUUCUAACAGGAUUUAACUGGAUCAAUUUAGAAUAUGAAAUAAAAGCUCAACAAGUCAAGAAAAAUCUAUUUUAAUAUGUUUGAAAGCUUUUGAUUGUAAAUGCAUAAAGGUUUAGAUUAAAAAAUAGCUUUGACUGACACAAAUGUAGAAUUAAACAAAACAAACAAACAUCAACCCCCAAAACUUCAUAUAUUGAUUUUUCUUUAAGAUUUUUUAAUAUAUAUAUUUUGAUUUCUAAUGGAUUUAAAAUAUAAAUGUGUAAUGAUUUCUUUGAAAGUUUCUGUAUUGUUAUUUAUUUUUGGUAUAAUAAAUAAACUUAUCCAUAUUCUGACUGUUACUAAAAAAGUGAGAUUUCAGAAAUAUUUGUAAAAAUAAACACACAUUUC